AUGUCGUGUGCCGCUGCAUCUGACGACUACUGGAGUUAUGACAAUCCUAAUACAUGGCAUGAAAAAUUUCCAGCUGCCGGUGGCCGCUUUCAAUCCCCUAUUAAUAUCAAAUUAAAUGAAACAGUUCGUCAACACUAUCCACCAUUUGUAUUUUCUUCGCAUUACAAGGAUAAGUUGUUAUUUACAAUGAAGAAUACGGGUCAUCAAGUUGCCGUUACAUUAGCUAAAAUAAACACCGUUGAUCAGCCCGAUCUAUGGUUUACUGGUGGUGGUCUAAAUGGAAAGUUUCACUUCAUUAAUUUUCAUUUACAUUGGGGUAGCAAUGACAGACAUGGAUCUGAACAUGAAAUUGAUGGACGUGAAUUUCCGUCCGAAGCACAUUUUGUUCAUAAAAAUUUUGAAAAUAACCAAGUGGCUGUUUUUGCAUUCUUUUUCGACAUAGCUGGUCCACUGCAUGAAGAAAAUGUUGAAUGGCAACAUUAUGCAGAUGGUGCUACACAUUUGAAAAAUAUUGGCGAUACAUUUAAUCGUUUGUUCGAUUUAAGCCAUCUUAUGCAAAUCGAAGGUCGACAAUUUUUUCGUUAUACUGGCAGUUUAACAACGCCUCCGUGCACUGAAGGUAUCAUAUGGACAAUAUUUCCAAAUAUAAUUCCGAUUGCAGAAAUAAGUUUAAAUUUACUACGUAAUAAUGUAAUGCGAAAAGUUUAUCGGCCAGUACAACCAAUACACGAUCGAAUUAUUUAUAGAAAUUAUGAGGAUUGA